CACAUUCGGUGGUAUCACAGCAGUGAAAUUUAUAAAGUUGAAGUGUUUCAAAAAAUUAUUUCAUAAUGUCAGUGCGUCGAAUAUCAAUGUUCCGCGAUUCAAUGAUUCCAAUUCUUCAAGUUUUCCUGUUAGCGUAUCUUUGUAAUGGCCAAGCAAAAGAAUUCCAAGAGUAUGGAAAAUAUGGAUACGUGAAAAAAGGGCAAGAUUCUAAACUACCAAGCGAGAACUUCGUGAAUGCUUCAACACUGAUUGCAGGAGGAACGCCAGCCGAAGCCAAAGAAUUUCCUCAUAUGGCUCUCAUUGGAUAUGGAAAAGAAUUCAAAAGCGUCUGGUGGGGUUGCGGUGGCAGUUUAAUCAGUGAAAAAUUCAUCAUGAGUGCUGCACAUUGCACUGUUAAUACAGAUUUGGGUCCACCACAAUGGGUUUUACUAGGAGCCUUGAAUGAACUCGCAACAAAGGACGACCCCCAGCGAAAAGUUUACAGCAUAGUCAAAGUUCACAACCAUCCGGAAUAUAAUUCAAAUUCACUAUACCACGACAUUUCACUUUUCCAAUUGAACACCACUGUCGAAUUUAGCCCUUAUGUAAGGCUAGCUUGCCUACAUACUUCAACAGCUGAUUUUCCAGCUAAAACUACAGCAAGCAUCACUGGUUGGGGUCUAACUGGCGCAUCCGAAAACCCCAGCGAUAGAUUACUAAAAGCAACAAUUAUGGUGUUCGAUCAACAGAAAUGCAGAGACGCAUUUCCGGCGAACAUCGCUGAGCUGGCACGUGGGUACGAUUCAAAUACUAUGAUUUGCGCUGGACACACCGAGAGCGGCAGAGCUUCAUGCCCGGGUGACUCGGGAGGUCCGCUGCAAAUCCAGAUACCAAAUGAAAGUUGCAAGUGGAAUAUCAUAGGAGUGACAUCUUUUGGUCCUAAAAUUUGUGGAAAUAACAAACCUGCAGUUUAUACCAAAGUAUCUUACUAUUUGAAUUGGAUCCAGAGUAUUGUUUGGCCUUGACAGUGUCAGUGGCAAAUGUACGAGUAUAAAAGAGAAUGUCGCAAUUUCCAUUUAAUUCAUUUUAUUCAAACUGUCAUAAGAUAUUUUUAAUCAUUAAAUAUUGUAUUUUAAAACAAUAAAUGCUACAUUAGUGA